GAUAUUCGGUAUGUAUUACGGGAGGGAGAGACUAAUGGGCUUAUUUGAGCCCGAAAGAAUUAUAUGGCCCAAACUUUGGGUAGGUCUCUGAACAUUUCAUCACCCACUUCGUACCCAAAACCCUAACCCCAUAAAUUGUUCCAUAGGAGCCAUUUUCGCCCUAGAAAUUCCGACUUUCAGAAUCCGCCCGCAGCCAAGGUGAACAGGUAAACAUGGCGACGACGGCGGUAGAUUCCGUCCAAUGCUUCGGGCGUAAGAAGACGGCGGUUGCCGUCACCCACUGCAAGCGCGGCCGCGGACUCAUCAAGAUCAACGGCGUCCCGAUCGAGCUGAUCCAGCCGGAGAUCCUCCGCUUCAAGGCCUGCGAGCCGAUCCUCCUCUUGGGCCGCCAUAGAUUUGCCGGCGUGGACAUGCGCAUCCGCGUCAAGGGAGGCGGUCACACCUCUCAGAUCUACGCCAUCCGUCAAUCCAUCGCCAAGGCCCUCGUAGCCUACCACCAGAAGUACGUGGAUGAGCAAUCGAAGAAGGAGAUCAAGGACAUCCUUGUUCGCUAUGACCGGACCUUGCUCGUCGCCGAUCCAAGGCGCUGCGAGCCGAAGAAGUUCGGCGGUCGUGGCGCUCGCGCCAGGUUCCAGAAAUCGUACCGUUAAUUUCCGAUCUGGAUUCACUUCUCCUCAAACCCUAUAUGGCUGUGUCAUCUCUUUCAGUAAGCCGUCUGUUAAAGUUUUGAUUUCUCUGUUCUAAAAAACUUGGUAUGUUUUACUACUCAGUUUUCAGUACACUCUCCUUGCUUAUUAUCGUGCUGGUAAUUGACAAUUGUUGAACCGUUUUUUGGUAUUAGAAACUUUUCAUGUGCUUUAAUUUUGUGUUCGUUCUCAAAAUUGUGAUACAUUUGCUUUGUACCUAUCUGGUGUCUUCAUUAGCUUCUUCCAUUACCAACUGUGUGCUUCCUACAAUGGUAGGAAAAUGGAAGAGUUUUCCAACCAAACCUACCCUAUGUCAAAGAGCAUUUGGUGUUUAAUUGAUGGCAUAGAAAUGUCUUGAAGAUCUAAAUGAUGGUCUAAUUGGGUAUAAAAUGUCACUUAGUUAACAAACGUUGGACUAUAGA